GGGAGCCCAAGGGCCCGGAGGAAGAGGAGGAGCGCGCAGAGCCGCCGCGGGGCCAGGCUGGAGGAGCAGCGGCAGCCGCCGGGGCCACGGCGGAGAGCUCUAGGGGAAGAUGUUGUCUCUUCUGACAUCUUGCGAUUAAGAUACCUGAGAACAGGUUCAGUAAGAAUCCAAGUUCCUGAAGAAGACACUUAUGAAUGUAUUGGAGUAAGAAGAUGUAAACGUGUUGGGUUGUUUUUUUCCUGUCCUCCAUACUGUAUGAGAAACCAUCAUCUGAAGCACUUCUCAGGCACUCGCCCAGAUGUAUGAAGUCUGCACAGAUCUCUCUCCACACUGACCAUUUCUCAGCCAUGGGUACUCACCCACCCUCCUGGUGUGUAUAUCAACUCUGAAGAAAAGUCACUUUCUUUGACAAGUUCCGUUUUUUAGCAGGAACGUUUUAUUAUGUGCAUCCAGAGAGAUUGCUGCCUAGAGCUGAAAGGCAUUUAGUGUGCACUGAGAAGUUGGCUUUCCCUCAGUUUUUCCAGAUGUGUUGUCUCUCCUGUGCACUGGGAACACACACCACUGCAUGAGCUGCAGAUGCAGCCAUGGAGCUGUGUGAGCUCUUGAGCCACUUGAGGAGCACUGCUGAGCCUUGGUACCAGACGUGGCUUCGUGAUGUCAGCCGAACUGUGAUUGUGUUGUGCUCCCCAGCACAAAGCUUGCACAUGGAGUGACACCCUUCCGGGGAAGAGGCUGUUAAAGUUUAUCAGAAAGGUUAACUGAUUACCUUAACCUCUCAAGUUCUCUGCAGAAGGUUUUUCUCUGCCAGAUGAAUGUGUCUCAUCUCCCUGCCCUGAGAUGCUGAAGGUGUCCUGCUGCUUAUGACCAAUCCAAGAGGAGAAGCUUUAUAAAAUGGCUCAAACCAGCUUGCUGCAGGGAAAGCCCUUUUACUGUAGGGAGUGGGUUUUCCACAAGCUUCAGCACUGCCUCCAGGAGAAAGCUAACUGCAGCAGUGGUGCUGCCAACAAACCAUCUCUUGUGGUGAAUUCUGGGAGUAAUACCAGCGUCAUCUCUGGGAGAGGAGCUGCCUGGGGUGUGUUGUUGGUAGGAGGGCCUGGCAGUGGGAAGACAGCCCUCUGCACUGAGUUACUGUGGCCAAGCUCACCUGGGAACCUGCAGAGAGCCUUGCAUCGUCAGGCCCUGGCCUUCCAUUUCUGCAGGGCCCAGGACUCUGACACGCUCUGUGUUGGAGGCUUUAUCAGAGGUUUAGUGGCACAGAUCUGCCGCAGUGGACUCAUCCAGGGAUACGAGGACAAACUGAGAGAUCCUGCUAUCCAGAGUCUCUUGCAGCCCGGGGAAUGCGAGAGGAACCCUGCUGAAGCAUUUAAAAGGUGCAUUCUGCUCCCUCUGCUGGGAAUGAAGCCCCCUCAGCAGAGCCUCUUCCUGCUGGUGGAUUCAGUCGAUGAGGGCUGCAACCUUUCCGAGGGAGAACACACUGGUCCCAGUUUAGCAGGAACAAUAGCAGAGCUUUUAGCUGCCCACUUCGAGUUCUUCCCUCCCUGGCUGCUGCUCCUCUGUUCUGCCCGCAAGCAGAGUAAGGCAGUUACCAAAAUGUUUACAGGUUUUCGAAAGAUCAGUCUGGAUGAUCUGCGGAAGGCUUACAUUGUGAAAGAUGUGCAGCAGUACAUCCUGCACCGCUUAGACCAGGAAGAGGCACUGAGGCAGCAUCUGACAAAGGAAACUGCAGAAAUGCUGAAUCAGCUCCACAUCAAGAGCAGCGGCUGCUUUCUCUAUCUGGAACGUGUCCUGGAUGGGGUUGUGGAGAAUUUCAUCAUGUUACGAGAGAUCCGCGACAUCCCGGGGACGCUGAAUGGGCUGUACCUCUGGCUCUGCCAGAGACUUUUUGUGAGAAAGCAAUUUGCAAAGGUCCAGCCUAUUCUCAACGUGAUUCUUGCAGCCUGCAGGCCCCUGACCACCACAGAACUGUAUCACGCCGUGUGGACCAAAAACAUGACGCUGACGAUGGAGGACUUCCAGCGCAAGCUGGAUGUCCUGUCCAAGGUUCUUGUUGAUGGACUCGGAAAUACAAAGAUCUUGUUCCACUACAGCUUUGCAGAGUGGUUGCUGGACGUGAAGCACUGCACACAGAAGUACUUGUGUAACGCAGCAGAGGGACACAGGAUGCUGGCAAUGAGCUACACUUGCCGGGCAAAGGAUUUAACACCGUUAGAGGCUCAGGAGUUUGCGUUGCAUCUCAUUAAUUCCAACCUGCAGCUGGAGACUUCGGAGCUGGCGUUGUGGAUGAUUUGGAACGGCACGCCCGUCAAGGACUCCCUGUCCACCGUGAUUCCUAAAGAGCAGGAGGUCUUACAGCUGCUGGUGAAAGCUGGGGCUCACGUCAACAGCGAGGACGACCGCACGUCUUGCAUCGUUCGGCAGGCUCUGGAGAGGGAGGAUUCCAUCCGCACCUUGUUGGACAACGGGGCCUCCGUAAACCAGUGCGACCCCAACGGGAGAACCCUGCUGGCCAACGCGGCCUACAGCGGCAACCUGGACGUCGUGAACUUGCUGGUCUCGAGGGGGGCAGAUUUGGAGAUCGAGGAUGCUCACGGGCAAACAGCACUUACCUUGGCUGCUCGGCAGGGCCACACCAAGGUGGUCAACUGCCUGAUCGGGUGCGGGGCCAACGUGAACCACACGGAUCACGACGGGUGGACGGCGCUGCGCUCCGCGGCCUGGGGCGGGCACACCGAGGUGGUUUCCGCCCUGCUCUACGCCGGGGUCAAAGUGGACUGUGCGGAUGCUGACAGUAGAACAGCACUGAGAGCUGCAGCCUGGGGGGGACACGAAGAUAUCGUGCUCAACCUGCUCCAGCACGGCGCCGAGGUCAAUAAAGCCGAUAACGAGGGCAGAACGGCUUUGAUCGCAGCGGCCUACAUGGGGCACAAGGAGAUCGUGGAGCACCUGCUGGACCACGGGGCAGAGGUGAACCACGAGGACGUGGAUGGAAGGACUGCGCUGUCGGUGGCUGCGCUGUGCGUGCCAGCCAGUAAGGGCCACGCCUCAGUGGUGAGCCUCCUCAUCGACCGCGGGGCUGAAGUUGACCAUUGCGAUAAAGACGGCAUGACCCCGCUGCUGGUGGCUGCUUAUGAAGGACACGUGGACGUUGUUGAUCUGCUUCUAGAGGGAGGAGCUGACGUUGACCACACGGACAACAACGGUCGAACACCACUUCUGGCAGCUGCCUCCAUGGGCCACGCUUCCGUUGUGAACACGCUCUUGUUUUGGGGGGCAGCUGUCGACAGCAUCGAUAGCGAGGGGAGGACGGUCCUGAGCAUCGCCUCUGCGCAAGGCAACGUCGAAGUAGUAAGGACUCUGCUGGACAGGGGGCUGGAUGAAAAUCACAGAGAUGAUGCAGGCUGGACGCCUCUGCAUAUGGCAGCUUUUGAAGGUCACAGGUUGAUAUGUGAGGCUCUUAUAGAACAAGGUGCUAGAACAAAUGAAAUUGAUAACGAUGGGCGUAUACCUUUCAUACUGGCUGCACAGGAAGGUCACUAUGACUGUGUGCAGAUAUUACUGGAAAACAAAUCCAACGUUGAUCACAGAGGCUACGAUGGGAGAAACGCACUCCGUGUUGCUGCUUUAGAAGGUCACAGGGACAUAGUUGAACUGCUGCUCAGCCACGGGGCAGAUGUAAACUACAAAGAUGCCGAUGGCCGGCCAACGCUUUAUAUCCUAGCGUUAGAAAACCAGCUUACAAUGGCUGAGUAUUUUUUAGAAAAUGGUGCAAACGUAGAAGCCAGUGAUGCCGAGGGAAGAACGGCACUCCAUGUUUCCUGCUGGCAGGGCCACUUGGAGAUGGUACAGGUGCUGAUAACAUACCAUGCUGAUGUGAACGCUGCAGAUAACGAGAAGAGAUCUGCUCUGCAGUCCGCUGCCUGGCAAGGCCACGUGAAGGUCGUGCAGCUUCUCAUUGAGCAUGGAGCUCUAGUUGACCAUACGUGUAAUCAAGGUGCUACUGGACUCUGUAUUGCAGCCCAAGAAGGGCACAUUGACGUUGUCCAGAUACUACUGGAGCACGGUGCUGACCCAAACCAUGCCGACCAGUUUGGGCGUACCGCUAUGCGUGUGGCAGCUAAAAAUGGACACUCUCAGAUUAUUAAAUUACUGGAAAAAUACGGUGCCUCUACUCUGAAUGGUUGUACUCCAUCUCCAGUCCACACAAUGGAGCAAAAACCCUUGCAGUCAGUUCCCUCUAAAAUGCAGUCAUUAACCAUGAAGUCAAAUAGUUCAGGGAGUACUGGUGGAGAUAUGCAGCCGAGUAUGCGUGGCUUGUCUAAUGGGCCUGCUCAUGCCUUCAGCUCUCCUUCGGAGUCCCCCGAUUCCACGGUUGACCGUCAGAAGUCAUCCUUGUCAAAUAAUUCUCUGAAAAGCUCCAAAAAUUCUUCUCUCCGCACCACCUCGUCAACUGCGACUGCUCAGACGGUGCCCAUCGACAGCUUCCACAGCCUGUCCUUCACAGAGCAGAUCCAGCAGCAUUCCCUGCCACGCAGCAGAAGUAGGCAGUCCGUUGUUUCUCCUUCCUCCACAACUCACUCCCUAAGUCAUAACCACAAUUCCCCGAGUAGUGAAUUUGAAUGGAGCCAAGUAAAACCGAGCUUGAAAUCAACUAAAACUAACAAAGGGGGGAAAACGGACAACUCCAGCAAAUCCGGGUCAGCUGGGAAAAAAAUAAAGCAGAGUAGCUCCUCCCAACCAAAAGUGUUAGAGUAUGAGAUGACUCAGCUUGAUAAACGAGUACCUAUUGCCAAAUCUGGGACGAGUGUGCAAGGGAAAUCGAUGCCUCCGGAGCCACAGUGCAAAAUCUUGGUGCCACCAGCUCAGCAGGAAAUCGGUCGGUCUCAGCAGCAGUUCCUCAUCCACCAACAGAGUGGAGAACAGAAGAAGAGGAACGGAAUCAUGACGAAUCCCAAUUACCACCUUCAGAGCAAUCAAGUUUUUCUCGGUAGGGUUUCUGUCCCACGAACAGUGCAGGACAGAGGGCACCAGGAGGUACUGGAAGGUUAUCCUCCUGCCGAGACAGAGCUCAGCCUUAAGCAAGCCUUAAAACUGCAGAUUGAAGGGAGCGACCCAAGUUUCAACUACAAGAAGGAAACACCAUUAUGAAAGGCCAAUUCCAUGAUGCUAUGGAACAGAAGCUCUUCUGCUCUGGAGGAUUUAUCAGCUGGCUGGGAUGAAAGCAUUCAAUGCUUGUUUAGUCCACCUAGAAAUUCAAGAAUGUGAUUCCUACAAUACGAUUACCUUAAGUACUGUAACGUGCCUACAUUUUCAGGCUGCCUUCUCAGUAUAACCCUCUGUGCUUCAAAGAUUUAUUUUGUGUACUUUGUAUUUAAUACACAGAAUGAGCACUUUUUUUAAUUGCUGAAAGAUAAUAUGCUGUAUUUCCCUGACAACAGCUGAAAAGUGGUAAGAAUAAGGAAUUCUGGUUCCCUAUUCCAGAAGGCUUGGUGGAGGUGCAUGUGCCACAGUGACCUGUGGAUGGAAAGGCAGUGCUUUUUGUGUGUGUUUUCCUGUGGCUGAAGAAAAUAAGCAAACAGUUUGUCACCUUUGCAUUGUUUGAUGUAUGGUCACUUCCCUGUGUGCUUCAAAAGGUUCUCUUCAGAAAUACAAGUCUUGGAACAGUAUUUUAUAAAUACUGUGCUUGUGUGUUGUCUGUGUAAUCGCUGUUCAGUGGUAGCAAAGGAGUCGGACCACAACACUCUUCAGUAUUUUGGGGAUUUUUAUCCCCAGAAAAUCCACUGUCUGUUACUGCAGCACCAAAUUUGGAUGGCAGACUGUGACCACUGAAAGAAAGAAAUAGGCAAAUCUGUCUUGGACACCUGAUGUUAACUAGCCUCUGUUACUGUUAUGGUAGUGAGGUAGCUGAAUAUGGGUAUGGUUUAGGUGCUAAGGUAAAAGGUGUGAUCCUGCUUUCGUGUAUUUCUUUAUGUAUUAGAAGCAGCUCUUUUUUUUUCCAAGGUAAAGGACUGUUUUGAGAAUGUCAGUGAUCGUGGAAAGCACAGAUGCUUGGUUAAUGAGGCUGAUGGGAGUACAGUGGAAAAGCAAACUGUAAUACCAUUGUCUGGGGAGCAGAGAUUCCUGAGUUAGCCCUGUCCUGAGACAAUAACUCUUUAAAGCACAAACUUGUAUGAAUGUGGUUACUGCUUCAGAUGGAUUAGGUAGAGCCAGUGUGAGUGUCUCUGUACUUGGAGCAUGGUUAACUCGCAGCCUGGAUAGUCUGUCUAGGGAUAAUGGAAAGCUGGUUCCUUACUUUUACAAAAGAAGAAUUUUACUUGUAUGAAAGGGAGCAAAACCAAGGCCAUUGUUGUGAAAGUGAACAGUGUGAAUUUUUCCUUUGAAUGUGCACGUCACUUGCACAGCUCUGUGAGUGAUAAAAUGAAACAAGUGGGUUAUUUUCUCCUAAAAAUGCAAGCUAUAUUCUGCUAUUCACCAUUGCUCUUUAGAAAAUAAGCCUAUUUUUGUAUGCGAGUAUUUCUUCUAAAGGCUUGGGAUUCAUCAUUAUCAUACCCUAAUUCUGAUCAUUCCACAAAGAAGAUGAUAGAAAGCUGAGGUUAUUUUUCAUAGAGGAUUAAUUAAAUCUGUGGCUAUCCUUAAAUUUUGAUAAAUGGCCCCUGAAUGUUAUAUGUAGUGUAUAUUUAGUGAGGCACUAAAGGGCUCUGUGUCUCGUUACUAUGAUUAACAAUCAUCAAAACACUUCUUUGUUUCAUGUCUUGCACCUCCAUUCUUAUUUGCUCGUUGCUAAAUGUAAGAAUAGAUCUUUUGUAGUCAGGCAUUCAGCAUAUAGUAAAAGUAGACGUUAAAGGUUGACACAUGGCAAUAUUGAUGAUUCUGAAUGUUUCAUGUAUUGAAUUUCUUGUCCCUGUGGGACAAUUAUAAAAUAAACAUAACAGGAGUCUGACAGAAUGGCCUUAAGAGGGUUAGUGACUCAGUAGAAAGAGAGUACCAAAAACAUCCUCAACAACCUUGUUCCAAACCUCAAGUACAGUAACUUUGCAAUACUGUGCAAAAACACAGCUUUUCCUGGUUCUUAGGUGUAUGUUUUGUUCUCUAGAAAGGGAUCCCUGAAUGCCGGCGUUUUUCUACUUACCUUGACUCUCAUUGGGGUUAUAUUUAUUUAAUUUUAUUGUGUUAUUAAUUGCACCUUGUGGGCAAAGGACGUAAAAAUAUGGCCAGUUUCACAAGGGGCCACAACUUAUAGAUAGAUAGAUAGCCUGGUGGGUUUUGUGUGAAUAAUAUUUACAUGUGCAACAGUUGUUAGGGAUACCUCAUAUCCAAACCAACCUAAGGUAGACCUGUCCGAAGUGUCAUCAGGAUAAGAGUUCUUGAAUACUACUUUGCAACAGAGCAUGACUGGCUUUAAAACAUCCAGUUUCUCAGAAGGUGUGUGUAGCUCCACGUUGCUGUUGUGUGCAGUUUUUAUGUCCUCAUUCGUGCUGGUUUCUCCUGCAGAGUGGUUGCUGUUGCCCCUCUUUGGUUUGGCUCUGCUCCUUCCCGGCUGGACAGCAGAGUGGAGGUGAAUGGAGCUGCAUAGCUGGGACUCAGCACAGCUUCUGCUGCCUGUAAUGCUUCUCACAACCUCAAAAAAACUGAAUAAAUCACAAUUCCUCCUGUUUUUUUCUUCCCGUGUCACUGGUCUGUCCGAAGCCAUCUCCACAAGAGGUCUAAAAUCCUGGGUGAGAAAGAGAAGGGCAAGGACAGGUUUGUGGCAGGGCUGUCAGUACUGUGUGCACGGGGAGAAACUCUGCAGAGGAGAAAUGCAUUGGGAGAUACAGAGGCACAAGUGAUGCAUUUUUGUCUUCUCUGUGAUCAGUAUUGAAAACGUUGCCAUUUAUUUAAAAAUAAAAAGGUAUUUUCCCUCAACAGUUACUCUGCUAUGCAAAUGUCUGUUAUGCUUAAUGUUCCUCAUCUGAACUCCUCAGUUAACUUGGUUUGCAGAUAGACUGGUUUUCCUGCAGUGGGUUGUAAAUAGCCUUUAAUGUACAUUGAAUGAAUUUCACAUUGUAAAAUUUUUAUUUUAUUCCUUGUAUUAUAUUAAGCAGAAAUCCCUGUGUAUAUGAAAGUGCAUAAUAAAUAUAUUUGCUUUUCAGCAGACAUCUGUUUUAAUUUUACUACCUCGUUUCCUGGAACAUCUCAGGAAAAAGGUUAAUUAAACUUGAUGGGUAUUUGUGUAAUACUUAAUGAAACACUAUGUGUGUGUCCAGUAGACAGUCUGGUGUAGCAAAACUCAGACCCCAACAUAAAUUUCUGUGACCCUGCUUAUCAUUCCACUGACCUUUUCCAUAUUGAUCUGAGUCAACCCUGAGCAUUUGCAGGAGAAAAUCUGCCACGUUUUCC